CAUGUUCUGACAGAGAUGCCACUGGAGAUGGAGAAGACACCCGUCACCAAGCUCAUGUAUGACUUCCAGAGGAACUCCACCUCGGACGACGACUCUGGCUGUGCUCUGGAGGAAUACGCCUGGGCCCCACCUGGCCUCAGCCCAGAACAGGUGCAUCAGUACUACAGCUGCUUACCGGAGGACAAGGUCCCCUAUGUUAAUAGUCCAGGAGAGAAAUAUCGCAUCAAACAACUUCUUCAGCAGUUGCCCCCACAUGACAAUGAGGUGCGCUACUGCAACACUCUAGACGAGGAGGAGAAACGGGAGCUGAAGCUCUUCAGUAACCAGCGGAAGAUGGACAACCUGGGGAGGGGUAGUGUGCGUCCUUUCCCCCUCAAUAUCACCGGGGCCGGCUGUGAGCAGUGCGGUGGCCAAAUCAACGGAGGGGAAAUCGUAGUGUUUGCUGCCCGGACCGGCCAUGGCCAGUGCUGGCAUCCCCAGUGCUUUGUGUGCAACAUGUGCGAGGAACUGCUGGUGGACCUCAUCUACUUCUACCAGGACGGAAAAAUCUUCUGUGGCCGGCACCACGCUGAGCGGCUGAAGCCCCGCUGCUGUGCCUGCGAUGAGAUCAUCUUUGCUGACGAAUGCACCGAGGCGGAGGGCCGGCAUUGGCACAUGAAGCACUUCUGCUGCUUCGAGUGUGAGACGGUGCUGGGGGGCCAGCGCUACAUCAUGAAGGACGGCCGCCCGCACUGCUGCAACUGCUUCGAGUCCCUCUACGCCGAGUACUGCGACGCCUGCGGCGAGCACAUAGGGAUUGACCAAGGCCAGAUGACCUAUGAUGGACAGCACUGGCACGCGACAGAGGAGUGCUUCUGCUGCGCCCGCUGUAAGCGCUCCCUGCUGGGCCGCCCCUUCCUCCCCAAGCAGGGCCAGAUCUUCUGCUCACGCUCCUGUAGUGCCGGACAGGAACCGAACGAAUCGGACUCUUCGGACUCUGCCUUCCAGAGCGCCCGGUCCCGGGAGUCCCGCCACAGCACCAAUGUUGGGAAAAAGGAACGUCGAAAUGCGAGCCAGGAACGACGGAACGCUGAGGCCCGGCAGCCGGCCUCGGCGCCCAUGCCCGACCGCAUGUCUGCUGAGAUAGACCCCCUCUCCGUCCAGAUGGACCGCCUGAGCGUGUCCUCCGGCCCGACGCCCAGCAGGACCCCUUGCCGAACCCCGAGCCGCACACCCAGCCGCGCCCCCAGCCUCAACCAGGUGUGGAUGAGCAGGGAUGAGGCGUACCCUUCUGCUGCCUAUGAGAGCGCCAAGCGGGAACCCUCUCCCACUCCCACACCCAUACAGAUGCUGGGCCAAUGUAAUCCCAGACAGGGUUACAACCCCAACUCAAACCCUCACCCGCCCACCCAGAGCCCCGUCAACCCAGGGAAGAGGCCUGAUUCCUGGGGUAAGGAACAAGGCAACACCAAGAGAACCCCUAUGGCCGCCCUGAGAGGCCAAUCCUUCAACGAAAACUGGAUCCAUCACAGCCAGGACGAGUUCCGGCCCACCAAGCUCCGCACCCAGAUGAGCUUCAACGAGGUGUCCAGCCAGGGCCAGGGCAUCUCAGACAAGAGGAGCAUCAGCCUGCAUGGCUUCCAGAGGGCGAACCGGCCCCCACUGAUUCGGAGGAACCCCAUCAAUGGCAUGAGUUUCCAAGAAACCCUUACUCCUCUUGAACAGACUCCUCGUGGAUCCAUGGAUUCCCUGAUCACAUCCAACGCCGCAGGUAACUCUCUGGACGGGGUCAGUAAGCGGCAGGAGCAUCUGUCCAGGUUCUCUAUGCCUGAUCUGAGUAAGGACUCGGGCGUGAAUGUGUCUGAGAAGAGCCACAUGGGCACUCUCAGCUCCUCCAUGCAGUUCCACAGCACAGAGUCCCUCUCCUCCUCCCGUCUGUAUGGGAACAUGGACGCUGCACUGAGGGUGGGCUACCCCCUGCAGUACUGGGACCCCUCCCGGCCCCUGGCCUUCAACGCCAACGGUCACGCCGGUCUGAUGGGCAGCAGCGGAAACAUACGCAUGUCAUCCAUGAGCGAGAGAACCCCUCGCCGGCACCCUAACGGGCAGGAACCCGUAUCCCAGCAACAGCAACCGCAACCGAGGAGCCGCAAGCACCGCCGCGGUAACCACGGUAACAGCCAGCACCGCAGCGGACGGCACCACAAGCGCUCCCGCCGCUCCCGCUCUGACAACGCCCUGCACCUGGUGGCCGACCGGCCCGCCCACGUGGCGGAGCCGCCGCACCGCCGCGUGCAGGAGGACUACGACCGCUUCCCCAGCGGCCACGCCGCCAGGGAGCUGCUGCUGGGCCUGGCGCCGGGCGCCUACAGGCAGCAGCAGCAGUACCGGCCCUGCCCCCGCACCACCUCGGACCUCACCCUGCAGAACGCGGGCUGGCAGCCGCAGGGCCCGGGCCAGGGCGGGCCGCUCUGGGCCGAGGGCUACCGAGAGGGGGCGGACCCCUGGUGCUCGAGCUGCUCCUCCAGCUCCGAGUCGGAGGAGGACGACGCCUACUUCCAGGGGGAGGCCAUCCCGCGGCCCGUGCAGCUGCGCUACAUCAACAACGAGGAGCUCCGGCACCGCUACAGCCCCUCCGGGAUGCCGGGCAACCACGCGCCCCUGCAUGGACCCCUCCACGGGCAGAUGCACACCCGCCAAAGGAGAAAGAGCAAGAACUGUGCCAUCUCCUAGAUGUGAGGGAGAGGAUACGGGGACUGGAGAGCGGGAGAGAGAAGGAUGUGUGGGAGGGAGCAGGGAGUGGGAUGUGUAAGAGAGAUAGUGGACAGGGACUGCGUGUACAGUAAAAUGGAAAG